AUGGACGGCUCGACGUCCAAAGUCACUGUCACCUACUGGGACCCCUCAUCAGUCUUUCCACUAUUCUCACCAGACAUCAAAGGGAGACUACCUCUAAGGCACUUGCAUUGGAAGUCGCCAUCUAGGCCUCUCAGGUCUAUAAAUUCGCUCUAUGUCGACUUUAUACCCGCUGUACAACCCCUGAUAACCACGACCACAGCUACAUCCUCCGAAGACCCUGCUACUUCCCCAUUCACAAGGCAGUCGCCGUCGCUAUACACUACUCCUUCAACUCUCCCCAGGUCUGGAAGCACAGAUGGAGCUGUAUCUCCCGUGUCUCCUCCUCCUCUUCCUGCGCCAAAGAUUGUCGCAAAUGCAGUCGGACGUCGAAGAUCUUCUACUCCAAACCUCAAUACCUUUAUGCGUAGAACGACUCUUGGAGACAUCCCAAUCAGAGAACGGCGUCAUCAAAUACCCGGCCUUCGCCAGACUUCCUACUUGAAAAUAUUCUUCCUCCGUUGCGACGAUAAUGAUGCUUAUAGAAAUACCGCUCGAAAAGAGUUGAAGGAAUGGAUUGCUGCUAAUUGUACCCCAACAUCUUCAACAUCGGGCUCAAGCUCUAGUUCGUCCAAAAACGACAAUCACGAUGCCUUCGAAUGGAUGAUAGUACAUGUGGUCCUGCCGGGGACACCUGCUGCUAGCCAGCCGCGCAUGACGGGUCAAUCUAGCUCUUCUCUCAAUUCCAAUGCCUCCAAUCCAGAACCAAGCAAUAAGUCUCGUUUUCAGUUUAAAUCCAGUACUACUAUCCUCGAGAAGCUUAAGAGUGACUUCGGCUCGACAUCGAAAAAGUCACUUCCCAGAAUUGUUCAAAUACGACUGUCCCACCCCCAGCCUUCCCCACCGCCAGGAGCUGCCGCAACUGCCACUCCGAUUCCUACACCGGCCGAAAAAGAUGCUGAUUAUGGUCUUUUGAUCUCUCAUAUGAAAUCGCUGAUCCUGACGAGCUUCGACCUCCGAGUACAACAGUACGAAGAUGAUAUAUUAGCGAGGAGUAACCAGCAACACCUACCAGGAUGGAACUUCUGCACGUUCUUCGUGCUUAAGGAGGGCCUUGCUGGGGCAUUCGAAAGUGUAGGGCUGAUAGAAGAUGCCUGGGCGAUAUACCAGGAACUUGCCGUCGCCGGUGAAAGCAUCAUUGUCGGUGAAGAGGCGGACAGGGAGGGAGGCAAGACGUUCCUAGGCUGGAGUGGCGAAGUUGUCAAAACAAUCGUGGAAGAGGGCAGGAAAUGGCACAACCAUCAAGCUGAGAAAUUGAAAUCUGGCUCUCAGGCCUCUUUAGCAGUUCCAGGGACGCCACCAUCCAGUGAUCUCGAUCAAAUGGGCGAAAAAGAAGAUUUCAAUGAUGCUAGUAUCCUAUCAUCUGCCCGCAAGCCAUAUAGAGAACUCAUCUUAUCUAACAAUAUCUCUGUUUUUGACUUUUUAUCCUAUUGUUUCGCACGGCAGGCGUCGCUUCUGCUUCGCCUAGCCGCAACUAUACCUACUAAUCGAUCCAGUGUCGGAUCUCAACCAUCCACAAAUGAUGCAUCUUAUUCAUUCUUUGACCCUACUGCUGGGCUCGCAGAAUCAGCGGUAGGGGGGGCGUUGCCGAGGGAAGGUGAAGCAGGCUAUCUUACUGAAGUUGUCAAAAAGGGAAUUGAGUUCCUUCGCACAGGUUCAGCGGUCUUGCGGGCUGAAUUAUAUCGCGGUUGGGAAAGCAUGCAAGCAGACCUCGAACAGAUCAAAAAGUCAGAGGCUGCGUCGAAUGAGGAGGCAGCAGUCACGGUCAGCACGCCGGAAGAAACUGAAGCUAGGCAAAAGGUCCAACAGGAUAAAUUCGAUCUUACGUUUCCAGCCGUAAAGGCUUUUAUUGAUAAUUACAUAGCCUCCUUCGUUGUGAACGGGGUCAUGCAACUUAUUGAUGCCACAGAUCACAAAAGUGUCCCACAUCUUGAUUGGAAGGACUUAUUAUUAUUGGAGGCGAAAAGCCCGCCCCCAACACCUAGCAUCACACAAGCAUGGGUGCCAGGCAGUACGACGAAUAAUAAGGAUAUGCCUCCGGAUUCUAUCCCACCUAGAACUGCGACAAUAUACUCUACGGAGAUUGAAGAAAAGAAGGGACCUACGGUCUCCGAGGGCCUAACAGCAACUGAAGAACUUGCUUUUUUCAGGGCUGAAGUACUCAUGCUUGCCCGUGGGGUAGUCGUUGAGAUAGCUGGUAACCGGUGGCGCAGUUCCCAAGAGAAGCUCCAUCCAGCCCCAAAACACCAGGAAGCCAGUGCACCCGACAAUGGCAGUAUGGUGGACGUCAAUCUUAACGAUACAGAAAGUGUGGCCUCCACUCAUAAAUCCGAAGAAACACUAGAAAAGGAUGACUGGGUUUGGUUAUGGGGUAUCAGGGCGGGUAUGCUACGGCAUGCUCUCCUUAGUGAUACCGGGUUCCUAGCUGUCUACGAACGUAUGACGGAAACUGCUGUGAAAUUGUUCUCCCUUGCCAAGCGUGUCAAGAGUACCGAACGGACCCUCGCCGAAAUCGCGUGCAUCAAAUACUAUCGCAAAGAUUUUGCGGCUGCAGCACAUUACUUUUCGAAACUAGCACCAUCAUACACAUUACAACGGUGGGCACUAGUCGAAGAGAAUCUGCUGAUGAUGUAUGCGGACUGUCUUAAAAAGAUGGGGCGAGAUGAGGAGUUUGGUAAAGUCAUCUUAGUACUGCUAAGGAAGAGAGCGGAGCAAGAGAAACGGCGAUGGAGGACCCAAAGAACCAGCAUGUUAUUCCUUAAUGGUGUUAUUCGGAUUGAUGGGGAUGAAGGAUUGGGUUUACUACCCGGAAUGCAGGAAGUGAGCAAGGUUGUUGAGCCCACCGACCUCAAGUUUGAUGAAUUUUGGACAGAUGUCGAGGUGGAGACAUGCCCAGAGUUUGAAGGUGAGGGAGACGGGAAGGGAGGCUUCAAAUGGUCUGUCGCAGUGAAUUGUAGGUGGCUUCUGACUCACAGCGUCACCAUUAAGAGUGCCACUAUGAAAAUCUCCAUUGCCGAUGAUAAGGCCAAAAGCAUUGCUGGCAUCGCAAAGGAUAUACAGCUCGUGACUGAAGGAGAAGUUGGGAUCAAGAGGGGCAAAAACAGAGUCGUCUUUGUCGCCGACACCUUCUAUGCUGGAACGUAUGAGAUCCUUUCCAUGGAUAUCAACGUGAAUAAUUUGACCUUCAAGCACAAAUUCAAACUAGACCUUCCUCUACCUGGGGAAAGUAUUUCCCCGUCAGCUUUGAAAAAACUGGAGCCACCCAAAAUUAUUCUUUUCCAGGCACCGGAGACAUUCUAUAUCGGUCUCAACUCGCCAAAAUUGAUACAGUUGGACAAACUUCGAACAAUCGAAGUUGAGAUUAAUUCUGGUAAUACCGUUGUCGAAAGGGUUGAAAUGAAAAUAAAGAGCUUAACGGCUGGGCUGAGACUACUUGUCAGUGAUAUACAAGUGGUAAACAACGCUGACGGGGAACAAAAUGUGGAUAACAUAACGCUGGAUCUGGAUGAGGCCGGCCUAAUAAAACUCGGAAGCAAGGCUGAGGUCAAGAAACUGGGAAACCUUUUACUUCGGAUUCCUUAUAAGAGUGAUGGAGAUCUGAACGAGCUCUCCGUCCGACUAGAGGCGAAUCUUACAACUGAGACCACGGAAUACAAAUACGUCACGACUCCUUCUGUGCCCGUCGCCCUACCAUUGAGUGUCAAUGUGCAGGAUAUAUUCACCCGCGCGGCCCUCUUCAGCAAAUUCCAGGUUUCUACUGUAAACCACCUCCCUUUACGGAUUGUCCGAACGGAGCUUGAAGGUAGCAAAGCGUUCCGUACAUCGACAGGAAUUGGUUGCCAAGAUCUGAAUGAAGGCAUUGUGGUUUAUACAAAACAGCCUGCUGCUUUCACUUUCAAGACCACGAGAAUAUCCGGAGGAGAGCAAUUUUCAGGUGACAAUUUGUACUUGAGAGUGAUGUGGAGAGGCAUUGGUGACGAAAUCAUGGUAGCAGUGAAUACCGUCUUCGCCGCCCACCUAGCCUCUGCCGGCUACGGUAGAUAUCAGCGUCUUCUCACUCCCACCCUCGAAGAAAUCGUGGAAGAUUUAGGUAAAUCGGAUAUCGAACGCGCAGCUCUCCUUGGAGCAGUCAAACUUCCUCCGUUUGAUGCCGAAUCGUGGGCAGAAGCCUUCGCUGGCGUACACUGCAAAAAUUCCGAGAGGACAAAUGUUGCUCAGGUUGUCGAGAAAUUCUUCGACAUUUGGGGCGGAAGGAAAAGGAUACCACUAUUGUCACCUCUCAGGACUUUUGGGAAACAGGAUGCUGAAGACGACGAUGAAGAAAACAAACAGCAAACGCAACGGCUUGAUGGUAUCGCUAGGACAAUCAUUAUUCCGGUUGAAAUCCCAGCGUUACAGUGCCUUGCGACGGCAAAAUUACAAAUGCGUGAUGUCAAAAACGGUGGUUCUAGCGGGCCAAAGAUGGUGAGAGUAGGGGAAGUUAUCAAAGCAGUUUUAAAAAUAGGUAUCAGUAGAUGUUGGGAUCUUGGAACCGAUAGAGAGAGAAGGAGUGCAAACGUUCCCGACAAUCUGAGGUUCUAUUAUGAGAUGAAUACUGCGACAAACUCAGAUCCCGGGAGUGGCAGAAGAGAGAGCAAAGGUGAUGAGUGGUUAGUGAAUGGACGAAGAAGGGGUGUGUUUGAAUAUUCAUUUAUGAAAGAGUGCGACGAAGAAGCAACCGAAACAGGGGAUAAAGAAGUGGAGUUCGAGCUGUUACUCGUUCCACUUAAACCUGGCUUUUUGCUUGUUCCUAGUAUUGAGGUUAGGGCUCUUCCAUAUAUACCUGUUAACCCAACAGGGGAUACAGAGGAGGAAGAAAACUUCACAGUCACCUGCGAGACGGAUUACAGAAGCGCAAGCGAAGGAGUUCUAGUGGUUAGUGAAGUUGAAGAGAAAGUAGUAAAGGUUGAUGAAGUUGGUACCAUCGGGAGGAUGGGAGCAGGGAGUAUCAGACGGCCAAUCAGUGCUGGCGGAGCACCCGGUGAAGGACAGGCUGUUGCAUAG